UUGGAGAAAAAGUGAGCAAUGAGAAUGUAGCAAAAGUUCAAGCAAUGAGCUGAGUCACAGGGUACAGCACAUAAAGCUCCAGUCCUGCCUUGGGAGGUUGAGGGCACCAGCAUCCAGGCUCCUUCAUCUGCUUUUUUUUUUUUUUUUUUUGGUGUUUUGUCAUCUGCCUUUUAACAGCUACAGCUCUCUCCAGGGAUUCCUCAGUCAUCACAUCUGCUUCUUGUAUUCUGCUUGCUGCACUGACCAUGACAGGGUGGAGCUGCCUGGUGACAGGAGCAGGAGGCUUCCUGGGCAAGAGGAUCAUCCAAUUGUUGGUGCAGGAGGAGAACCUGCAGGAGGUCAGGGCCCUGGACAAGGCCUUCAAACCACAAACCAAGGAAGAAUUCUCUAAGCUGCAGACAAAGACCAAGGUGACAAUGCUUGAAGGAGACAUUCUGGAUGCUCAGUACUUGAGGACAGCCUGCCAGAGCAUCUCAGUGGUCAUCCAUGUCGCCGCUAUCAUCGAUGUAUCUGGUGUCACUCCUAGAGAGACCAUCAUGGACAUCAACGUGAGAGGUACCCAGCUCCUGUUGGAGGCCUGUGUGCAAGCGAGUGUGCCAAUCUUCAUCUACACAAGUUCAGUCGAUGUAGCUGGGCCCAACUCCUACAGGGAGAUCGUCCAGAAUGCCCGAGAGGAAGAGCAUCAUGAAAGCACAUGGUCUGCUCCAUACCCAGCCAGCAAAAAGCUGGCUGAGAAGGCUGUGCUGAAAGCUAAUGGAUGCAUGCUGAGAAAUGGUGGCACCAUGCACACUUGUGCCUUGAGGCCCACGUACAUCUAUGGGGAAGGAAACCCAUUCUUAUCUUCUGUGAUGAAUAUGGCCCUCAAAAACAAUGGGGUCCUGAAAAGUACAGGCAAAUUCUCUAUAGCCAACCCAGUCUAUGUUGGCAAUGUGGCCUGGGCCCACAUUUUGGCCUCCAGGGCCCUCAGAGACCCCAACAAGGCCCCAAACAUUCAAGGACAGUUCUAUUAUGUCUCAGAUGACACACCUCACCAAAGUUAUGAUAACCUUCAUUACAACCUGAGCAAAGAAUGUGGCCUCUCUCUUGAUUCUAGCCCAAGCGUCCCUUUGUCUCUAAUGUACUGGCUUGCUUUCCUGCUGGAAAUGGUGAGCUUCCUGCUGAGGCCAAUUUACAAUUAUCAUCCCCCCUUUGACCGCCACUUACUGACACUGUCAAAUAGUGUGUUCACUGUCACCUGUAAGAAAGCUCAAGGAGACCUGGGGUAUGAGCCUCUCUUCAGCUGGGAGGAAGCCAAGCAGAAAACUGGGGAGUGGAUCAGUUCACUAGCACAGCAGCACAAGGGGACUCUAAAGACAAAGACUCAGUGAUGUGCCCAUGGCAGGGGUGUGGUCCUGGGUGAUGUCUGGAGCUAUUUAUCCACUCCCUCCAUCUGGCUUCCUCUUAAGAGUGACAGAAGCCCAGGUCCCAGAGCCUCCCUCUCCCACAGUGGAAACCUACCCUCUUCCUAAGGCCACCAGGUGCCUUUUGGUUCAAUCUCCCCUUGUGAGUGCUAAAGUGAUUCUUUUCUUUGGAAAACUUACACUACUUCACAAAGCACAAUGAAAAAGGGAACACAGGAAAUAAAGCUUUAAAUGUGUAA